AGAAGAGGAGGAAGAUGUAGACGAGCCGGAUGACAAAGUCCGCGGCAACAUUUUGUAACAAUUUUAUCUGAUCUAGUUGCUUUUACCCACGCGCGAAUGAAAAGAAGAAAAAUGCUCCUCCUGCGACAAACAACCUUCUAGAAUGUUCACACGCGGUUGCGGAGGCGUGGAGCUGCUGCUGGUCCUGUGCGGCCUGGACGUGUCGCUGCUGUGCCCUCGCCACUGCAUCUGCUACAUGUCGCCCAGCACGGUGUCCUGCCAGGCGCACAACUUCCAGACGGUGCCUGAGGGAAUCCCGCCGCACAGUCAGCGCAUUUUCCUGCAGAACAACAAGAUCGGUCGGCUCCUGCACGGCCAAUUCCCGUCGUCUGCCGCCAUGCUGUGGCUCUACUCGAACAACAUCUCCUACAUCCAGCCGUCCGCCUUUCACGGUUUUCAGCUUUUGGAGGAGCUGGACCUGGGCGACAACCGCCACCUGAAGGCGGUGGCAGCGGACACCUUCCGAGGCCUGGACCGCCUGCGCGCCUUGCACCUGUAUCGCUGCGGUUUGCUUGGCUUGCCGCAUGGCCUUUUCGAAGACCUCCACAAUCUCCAGUAUCUCUAUCUCCAGGACAACCAGUUGGAGUUCCUGGAGGACGACCUGUUCAUAGACCUACUGAACCUAAGCCAUCUGUUCCUGCACGGCAACCGCCUGUGGAGCCUCCACCAGAACACCUUCCGGGGCCUGGGCGCGUUGGACCGUCUACUCCUCCACCAGAACCGCAUCCAGUGGGUGGAUAAAAUGGCUUUCCACGACUUGAGGCAUCUCACCACACUCUACUUGUUCAACAACUCACUGACUGAGUUGUCGGCAGACAGCCUGGGUCUCCUGCCGGCCCUUGAGUACCUUCGCCUCAACGACAACCCUUGGGCCUGCGACUGCAGGGCGCUUCCGCUUUGGGACUGGCUGCGGAACUUCCGGGGCUCCACUUCUUCGUUAGUGUGCGUUUCACCUUUGGAGAUGGCGGGGAAAGAUCUGAAGACGCUGAGGAAAGAGGAGCUGCCCAUGUGUCUUAAGGGGGGAGUCGAGGUGGGGGGUACGACGGGUGGUGAAUCAUUGAACCACCUGAAUCGUCACCGGAGCCACCACGACCAGCACCAGCGACCGUACCUGCCCCACGGCGACCAGCACAACUUGCCACCACAUUCGACCAUCCCACAACCACCCAAGGGGGCUCGCGGGAACUGCACCCGGCGUGGGCGUAAGGUCAAAGGGGGGCACAACGAGGUGCGGUUGCUUCGCGAGGGAAAGGAGAAAGACUUUGGAGGUAAACACGAGAAGUCAACCACCGCCAGAAGGAAGAACAAGUGUGUCCUGAGAACUUCAGUUGAGACUCCAAGUGGGGUCCAGAGAGCCGCCAAUGGGGCCACAACACACUUUGAAGGGACUUUUUUCUGCUUAGCGCUGCUCACGUCUCUGAUAACGGCACUGAUUGAGAACGUGGUCAGUUUUGACUGUUUUGUUUGGAUUUUUUAGAGGGGCCUCACAAAUCCAGUGUCAAAGAACCUUUGAGGGACUGAGUUUGUGCAAUAUUUGAGCAGAUAAUUGUAAAGUUUUCUCUGUCAGGGAAGAAUGCUUUUUGCUAUCUGUGGAGAUUCGCACUCAUCUAUGUAACAGUAAUCCACAAAGGUUGAAUGGCGACAACCAACCUUCAUGUUUGCAUUAAAAGGUUUUUUCCAGUUCUAAAUUUUAGGCGUAGCAUUUCCCUAUUAAUGUCCCUGCUGGAUGUACCCCGUCGGUAGCCUCCAUUCAACCUUUCCGGAGUUUUUGCUUGAUGAUAUCAGACUUAAGGUACUCAAGAAAUGUGUACAUACGCUUAAGAGUCGAUGAAAACCCAAAAGCCAUGAGACUGGAAAGAUGCUACACAGGGAGAGUGCCUACUGAGGACCUCUUUGUCCUCCAGAUUGGAGACUUUAGUCGAAAGGCUCAAAGAUUUUCCUAAAAGAUAUAAGAUCUUAGUCUGCUUAGCCAUGAAUGUGGUCUAAGGACCAUGAUUCAGAUCCUGGAUGUAUUUAAAGGUCCAGAGUCGUUCCUCUGCCAUAGGCCAUGGUCCUUGAUCUUGCUCAUAAGUCUCGGUCAUGCUAAUGUUCUUGGAUGCAGACCAUGGGCCUAGUUCUUUCUUUCUUUUUGACUCAAGGCCUCAAUCGUGCUGACAUAAGCACAAAGAGUUUGUGUGCAUCUUUGAGGUCGCAUUGGAGGUAUGUGAUGUUUCUUGUACAAUCUCCUGUACUGUCAGGAAGAUCCUAAUCAAAAUGUGAAUUGUUUACUUGGAUCACCACUAUGCUCCUUCAUUUUCAAGUUUUCCUUGCCAGAUUUCCUCUGUCCUCAGCUUAUCUUGCCCCCUCUACCUUCUAUCAACUCCUGUUUUCAUCCUACUCCUCCACUUUGCUACUGCUUCAGUGUCCCAUCUUGUCCAGCUUGACCUCUGGUUGUCUUGUUUGUCACCUUGCUUUUCAUCUCCUUCCUACCAUGUCGUUUCCAUUCUGGCCUCCUUCUGAUCUUGUACUUUCCCAUCUCCUCCAUACUUGUAUCCUGCUGUCUACUUCCUUCAUCUCUUUUUAUCCUUCACAGCUCUCGUUCUCGUUUCCAUUUUCACCUCCAGCUUUUAUCCAGUCUUUUUCUUUUUCUCCCUUUCCUCCAUUCCAUUCACACCUCCACACUUGUUUCUAAAUAAACAGAAGGUGUCCUCAAA